AUGACUACGGCAUCUGCCUGCAUGAAACUCAUUCCUCCGCUGGUAGAGUCCCUAGACAGACUGCCACUGCACAAGAAGAGCUUGGAAGUGUUGGAAGCGAAGCUGAAGUCACAGCCGUCAAAGCAGUUCAUGCUCUCGCUGGCACGGUUGAUCUCAGACUACGAGAAAUCACGCGGUAGAGCAGCUGUCGAGCGCCGGCAGCUGGAAUCAUUGAUAUACCACACUCAUUUUGUCUGGAGCACUCCGCGACCAGCUCAUCUGCAGUUGUUCCGCAAGCACUACACAGAGGUGGUGGCGUUCUGGCCCUAUGAACACCACAGGGCCAUUCUGAGCAUGAAGAAGCCCAAGACGACGUCUUUGCGCUACCGCUGGGACGACAGCAGCGCGGCUGUGUUGUCGAUGAUGCGGUACACCAGAAACCCUUGGUGUGAUCAGGAGCCGCAUGGCGGCGGCCUUACCUCGCUGCAGAGAGAACUACUGUUCAACGCUAUCUUCGCUCACUAUCUCUUCCUCAAACAGAACCCUAGACUAUGCAAGAAUGGCAGAAAGCUCCCGAUCCCCAUCGUAGAAAUACCCAUGCGGCCGCUGGGGAACGAUAUUGCGGCAGUUCGAAUCAAGAAUCUGUUCAAACGCAAAGUGAGCAGCAUUUACAACAUACUCGCCGUCGAUAACCCAAUGCUUUCACGAGAAAGUGAAGCUUUACUGUGCAGCAUAAUACAAGAUUCGCCUACUCGCAAACAAGCGCGUCUUUACCAGGCCGCCUGCAGAAGAGCCUACGUGAUGGAGAACGACCAUGGUCCGGACUACGAGGACUUCCAGCUGCCAAGAUUCGCUCCAAGUUCUCUGCUUCUGCACAGCAUUUAG